CCUGGAUAGAAAGGGGGCCGAUCUUGUAUAAAAUGGUGUCCCUCACAAGAACUCUCCACUGCAGAGCCUAAGGCAGGAAAGCCCUUCCGAUAACAAAUAACCGGUUCUAGCAACAGCUCCCUGCGGACAGACAUAAAAAAUGCCUAAUGCUUGUUUCGGAACAAUGAAGAUUUCCUUGUUCGUGGGUGUUGUUUUGCAUAUCAUCCAAGGGGUUCUAGGGACUCCUUUGAAAGAUAAUAGAAACAUUUGCCUCUUGCCAUCAGAUGAAGGACCAUGCCGCGCAUUGAUUCCACAAUUUUAUUAUGACAGGUACACUCAAAGCUGCAAGCUAUUUCACUAUGGUGGAUGCUAUGGAAAUGAUAACCGGUUUGAAGAUCUGGAUGAAUGUGAAAAAACCUGUUGGCAUAUAAAAAAAGUGCCAAAGAUUUGCAGAUUGGAAGCAGAUGAAGGAUUAUGCAGAGGUAUGAUAAAGAAAUAUUUCUACAACAUGACUUCAGGGCGGUGUGAGCCAUUUUAUUAUGGAGGUUGCUACGGUAAUGAUAACAACUUCAUAGAUAAAGAGUCAUGCAUGCAGUACUGUGAAUCUCAGAAAUAUGGGCCCUUGCUGUGCUUUGAACCUAAAGAUGAAGGGCAAUGUUCUGCUGAAGUGACCAGAUUUUACUACAACUAUGAGAAGAAAAUGUGUGAAACAUUCCAGUAUACAGGCUGUGGGGGAAAUAAUAAUAACUUUGUCACUUUGAAAGAUUGUGAUAAUGUAUGCACAAAAGUAAUCCGGAAACAGAAGGCGUUUCGAAUAAAAAAGAGGAAGCCCUUAACCCUCAAUGGCAAGUGAAGAAAAAAGUAUAUACUUUACAAAGAAAAUGGCAGGUGGUGCUGAACAUGCUUAUUUUUUUACUUUGUGGUCUCAUUUAUGACCUUGUGUUAUAAAUGGAUAAUAAAGGUUAUAAUUAAUUUUU